AUGAAGGCUGAGAAGGCGCAAAGAAAGGCGGACAAGGAAAAGGAAAAGGCACAGGAGGAAAAGGCCCAGGAGGGCAAGGAAAAGGGACUGGACAAUAACCACCGAUCUCCCAAGCCAGUCCACCAGGAAAAGAGCGUCCAGGGAACGCCCGAUGCAACGAUGGGCGCACCUGCAUCUGCCCUGGGGUCACGCCUCGCAGGCGACCGUACAUCGGCUCGCAACCUCAAGUGCUCGUACUGCUGCACAAGAAGCAAAGAAGAGGUUCGCGGUGCGGCGGGUGAGUGUAAAGGUGAAGUCAAUCCACAAAGCACAGAUGGCGCGCCGGGAGGGGGACAACACGUGGAUGUAGGAGGACCAUCAGCAUUCUCAGUCUGGUUGCCAACCUCAAUAGUAAAGGCACAGUCCAAGGAGCAAGCAGAAGAGGUAGAUGGAAAGAAGACUGUGAUGCCGGUGGACAUUGAUCAGGCAAUGGCAGUGAGCAGAGGACGACCGUUGUCUGGUCCAGAAGAGAUUGCCGAACCGAGAAAGAGCGCAAGGACUAAGGAUCAAUUCACCACUUUAAGAACCGCGAAUGAGGCGGGGCGAGACCAGGAGAAGUUGAGAAUGGAGCAUGACGCAAAGCUAGGACAAGCAGCGGCGGUCAGUGUCUGUGAGUCUGACGUCUUCUUGGAUCAAACCCGACCAUUGCGGUACCCUUGCAGCAGUCAAGUAGAGGUGACCGCAGUGUUUACCCACUUGGAAGCCCGUCUUCUGGCGUACAUCCGGAACGGGGCAGCCAUGCUCUGGUUCAGACGACAUCGCACGGAUAUGUACAUGUUUGCCAAGGAGGCGUGUCGGAAGUCAUUCACUGUCGACAUGAAUACAGACUGGUUGAUUGUUGCAACAUUGGCGGACCUUCAAGGUGAAGGCGACAGACAGGUCCGCAUCUUCUUCGCAGACGGCGAGAGCCGGCUCGCCACUCCACAUAGUCGUUGUGCUGCGCGUGAGGCCAAAGGAAGGAAGAAUAUCGAAUAG